GGCAAGCAGGAGGACUGCAAGACGACAAUUCUGGAGGGUAUGGAGACGGCCAAGCAUCAGGUGUGGAGGGUGCAGCUUUUCAGAGCAGACUUCCACACGACCGUAUGACGUCUCAAGAAGCUGCCUGCUUCCCUGACAUAAUCAGUGGGCCACAGCAGACUCAGAAGGUGUUUCUGUACAUCAGGAACCGCACCCUGCAGCUCUGGUUGGAUAACCCAAAGGUUCAGCUGACAUUUGAGACAACUAUCCAGCAAUUAGAAGCACCCUAUAACAGUGAUACAGUCCUUGUCCACAGAGUACACAGCUACCUGGAGCGGCAUGGGCUGAUCAACUUUGGUAUCUACAAAAGAGUGAAGCCCCUUCCCACCAAGAAGACUGGAAAGGUGAUCAUCAUUGGCUCUGGAGUCUCUGGGUUGGCAGCAGCUCGCCAGUUGCAGAGCUUUGGAAUGGAUGUCACAGUUCUGGAAGCCAGGGACCGGGUGGGAGGAAGAGUUGCCACCUUCCGGAAGGGGAACUAUGUUGCUGACCUGGGAGCAAUGGUGGUGACAGGACNAGGAGGAAAUCCCAUGGCUGUGGUCAGCAAACAAGUGAAUAUGGAACUGGCUAAGAUCAAACAAAAGUGCCCACUUUAUGAAGCAAAUGGACAAGCUGUUCCAAAAGAGAAAGAUGAAAUGGUGGAGCAAGAAUUCAAUCGUCUGCUGGAAGCCACAUCCUAUCUCAGUCAUCAGUUGGAUUUUAAUGUUCUCAAUAAUAAGCCUGUCUCCCUAGGUCAGGCUCUGGAGGUUGUCAUACAAUUGCAGGAGAAGCAUGUGAAGGAUGAGCAGAUUGAACACUGGAAAAAAAUAGUGAAAACACAGGAGGAAUUGAAAGAUCUUCUUAACAAGAUGGUGAAUUUAAAAGAAAAGAUUAAAGAACUUCAUCAGCAGUACAAGGAAGCAUCAGAAGUGAAGCCACCUCGUGAUAUUACAGCCGAGUUCCUUGUGAAAAGCAAGCACAGAGACCUGACUGCACUUUGCAAGGAGUACGAUGAAUUGGCAGAAACACAAGGAAAGCUGGAAGAGAAGUUACAAGAACUUGAAGCCAAUCCACCGAGUGAUGUUUAUCUCUCAUCAAGAGACAGGCAAAUACUAGACUGGCAUUUUGCAAACCUGGAAUUUGCUAAUGCUACACCUCUGUCUACACUUUCGCUGAAGCACUGGGACCAGGAUGAUGACUUUGAAUUCACAGGCAGUCACUUGACUGUGAGGAAUGGGUAUUCCUGUGUGCCUGUAGCCUUGGCAGAGGGGCUGGAUAUUAAGUUAAACACGGCAGUUCGGCAGGUUCGCUACACAGCAUCAGGCUGUGAAGUGAUAGCUGUGAACACCCGAUCUACUAGCCAGACUUUCAUUUACAAAUGUGAUGCUGUCCUGUGUACUCUUCCCUUGGGAGUCCUGAAACAGCAGCCUCCAGCAGUCCAGUUUGUGCCACCUCUUCCUGAGUGGAAAACUUCUGCAGUGCAGCGUAUGGGAUUUGGCAACCUUAACAAGGUUGUGCUGUGUUUUGAUCGUGUCUUCUGGGAUCCAAGUGUCAAUUUGUUUGGUCAUGUUGGUAGCACUACUGCAAGCAGAGGAGAACUUUUUCUGUUUUGGAACCUGUACAAAGCACCAAUUUUGUUGGCCUUGGUAGCAGGAGAAGCAGCAGGGAUUAUGGAGAACAUCAGUGAUGAUGUCAUCGUUGGGCGGUGCCUUGCCAUCCUCAAAGGCAUAUUUGGCAGCAGUGCUGUGCCACAG